AUAGGUCUCUUCAUUGGAAGAAAAAACUGAAAACCUCAUACGCGUAGAUGAAUAAUUGAAAAUAGGAGACUAAAUUUUAGGAUUUCCAGCUUUAGAUUUAAUUGGAGAUAAGUCUUAGAAAUCCGAUAUGUCCUACAGUUUGGAUUAGAAAUAUGUCGUUGUGGUUUUGGAUUCCUAGUCGAAUACUCCUUGUCGACGUACACACACAUAUAUAUAAACACCAAGGGGAAGGAACUUUUGGUGGUAUACCAUUCGACAACUCUCAGUUCCAGCAAACCAAACAUGUCCACCUCUUCUCUUGGAAGCGCCGCCAACAUCAAUUCACCAUCACGCCCUCCCUUGGAGGAGGGGAAGUUGUCGUCAUCUUCUUCGGUGGAGGAGGCUCCAAGUGAUCCUCGUCGCCGGUUCUCUGUCCUAGAGGAGAACCCUAAGACCACCACCUCCUAUGCCGCCUUUCAAUAUCCACCUGAUGUAAAAACCACCCGCAUCAUACCCCAAGAGGAAUUUCAGUACUGCUGCGACUUACCCGAAGAAAUCGUGCGUGAAAUCCUGUUGAGGUCGUCCGUCAAAUCUUUAGUUAAAUGCUGCGCCGUAAGCAAGUCAUGGAGAUAUAUGAUCCAAAGCUCAUCCUUCAUUGCCGCCCAUCUCCGCCACAGCCAAAAUCCAAAUGCCGACGACAAUGAUAUUGGUCGUCUCCAUCUAGUAUGGUCCUUUAAUGAUUAUUUGUUGUAUUGGGAUAAGCCUGCUUCUGCUUCUGCUUCUUCCUUCAGCAUUAACGCUACCAAUACCAAGAAAAUAACCCCCUUGACUUACCAACCGGCUUACAAAGGAGGAAGAAGCAAAGUGCCUCCUUCACGUUACGGUCUGGUUGGGACUUCCAACGGCCUCAUAUGCUUUGCUACUGACAUCCCUAAAUUCCCCAUAAUAAUUUGGAACCCUUCGGUUAGAAAGUUUGUGACUUUGCCCCCUCCUUGCACGUAUAAACGGGUUGUACGUACUUAUGCGUUUGGCUACGAUUUGAGCACCAAUGACUAUAAGGUUCUAACAAUUUUUAGGAAUGCUCGUGAUCGUUCUAGUGGUCCUGCCGGGGACACCCCAAUCGAAGUCAAGGUUUACUCCUUAGCCAGGGGCUCCUGGAAGGCUCUCAGCCCUCCUCCACCAGCUUCUUCUGCUGUUUCUCUUCAACGUUGGCAUCAUAACACUGUUUUCGUCCAUGGUGCCGUGCAUUGGAUCCUACGCCGCGACCAAGACCGCAACAAUGAUGUCAUUGCGUCGUUUGAUAUGGCCACUGAAUCGUUCAGCGAGAUUGAGUUGCCGAAAUCAUCGACGAGAAAAAGGUUGCUCCGUGGUGCCUCUCAUUUUGUUCUUUCGGAACACGGGAAUUCCCUCGCCUUGGUUCAGAUUCCUUGGCAUUACUCGAGACCACGAGUAAAUACUUGCAACCUCAGUUUAUGGGUGAUGCAACAAUAUGGUGUGGUGGAAUCGUGGACUAAAUCAUCCCGCGUGGUGCUGUCCGAGGGCCCUGUAUCAGUCCCUUUAAUCUUCCAUGUUGCUUAUGUUGGUUCUAAAGGCAAUGGAGAAAAAGUCUUCCACAUGAGGAGUAAGAAUAGUAUAAGACUGGUAACGGUGGAUUUUAAGACCAAACGAGUUAAAUAUUCUGGAGAAGGAGAGGGAAAAUGCAAAUCCAUGCAUGCUUUUGUAGAAAGUCUUGUCUUACUGGACUAAUUUAAUGCUUAUUCUUACUAAAUGAUAGAUGAUGGAUUUUUUUUUUUUUAAUAGUUUGAUUUCUGAAGUGUUUUUUUUUUUUCCGUAAAGAAUCAUGAGUCUCUACAUUUAACUUUGACACAUUUAUUCGCAUUCAGCACGAUUUCAACCAUUAGAUUAAUUUACUGAAUUUCAAUUUGUCCGCGUCAACGUAAUUGUAUUAAACCAUUUACACAGUAUCACUCACCCGUCUCUCCCUCCCUCAGUUUGCUUGUCCUCCUCAAUCAGGUGCGAUUGUUCCCAUUAUAUCAUAGGUUUUUUUUAGUAAAAAAUAGUCUUUGAGACUGGCAUAACUCCUCACUUUGUUCAUUGAGAUUGAAAAUCAAUAUAAGUUGUUCUUGAGUGUGUCCACCGUCAAUCAUUUUGGUCAUUGCUUGAAAAUUUUCGGUUAAAUUGAGGGUAUCUUUGUCCAAUCAAUGCACAAACUUAGGGAUCAAUUCCGUUGGUUUUCAACAUCAAGGACCAAACU